AUGGAAGAUGAGAGACUUAAUCAAUUGAUACACCAGAUACGAUACUACUUCUCUGUUGAAAAUUUAUGUAAGGACAUGUAUUUGAGAAGGCAAAUGGAUGAGGAGGGGUUCAUCCCGAUUUCUUUGAUCAAAGGGUUUAGCAGGGUGAAAACGUUAAGUCAAGGAAUACCAGGUGUUGUAGAUUACGUCAUAGAACAUAUUGAUACGAUUGAGAAAAGAAAAGUCGCCGAUAGCGACGAUUAUAAGAUUAGACUUAAAGAAGGGUGGGAGAAGUGGAUUUUAACGAGGCGUUAG